AUGCCGUUGAAACAUGAUCCAAUGGUGUUGAAAACUUUCCUUGGAGCUUGCAGGGCGUGUGGAGAGAUAGAAAUGGCUAGUCAAGUGGCCAUCCAUUUGCUAGAGAUCGAACCAGAAGAUCAUUUCACGUAUGUUUUGUUGUCUCAUAUGUACAGUGAUCUCAAGAAAUGGGAAGAGAAAGCUGGUGUGAAGAAGAUGAUGAAGGAGAGAGGUGUGAAGAAAGUUCCAGGUUGGAGCUGGAUUGAGAUUAGAAACAAAGUUUAUGCCUUUAAUGCUGAAGAUAGAUCUCAUCCAGAAUUGUCAAGAGAUUUACUUGAUGAUUGA